GUGAGGGUGUGAGUAAUACGGUAUGAGAGUCGAUGGGAGUUGUUGUUGAUUAUCUUUUUUUUGUCUUUUUAUCAUUAGUCUUAUCAUUUCGAUGAGUUCGAUGGUCUGAUCAACUUCUUAUUUCAAUCCCCCCUUUUAAUUUAGUGUGUGUAUGCCUUCAAUUAAUUUUCUCCCGUGAAUUUCACGGAAAUAAUGGUUGUACACAUCAACAAUCGUUGAUUCGUCACGGAGAUGCAGUUUCGUGGAUCUGAUUGUGCAUCACAGAAGAUAAACGGAGUAAAACCUGCGUUAAUAUGGUGAUGGCGGAAAGUGAACGAGCUUCAGGGCCUCUGGCCACUUCUGGACUCGAUCCAACCACUUCACCAGCAUCGAGACUCCAAUGGCUCAAGCAGCGGCGUGAAGCUCUCCAGGAGAAACUUGCACGUAAAAAUAGCGAACUCAAGAAAUUGUGCAUCAGUGAGGCAGAGCUGACGGGAGUUUUGCCUCCUGAGAUACCGUUGGACCCUGGCGAGAGCCCUCCGAUCUUUAGGAAACGUGUGGGAACAUCCUUCACUUAUCCCCAGAAUCUUAUCAAUAAAUUGAAGACCAAUCAAGUGGAGGAAUCUGCCCUGGAGCUCGAACGCCAAGUGCAAGCAGGCAUUGCAACAGCGGCGUACGCAAUCGUGAACGAUCUCUCCGAGAGCAAAGCAGUGCGCCGCAAGCACCGUCUGAUCUACCAACAAAGUCAGAAGAGGCUGAAAGACCUGGAGGCUCGACUGACAUUUCUCCGCCAAGGCUACGGUCAAUUAUCGCGCUCAAGUGCCCCAGUCCCGGACACCUGGCCCCUGUCUCCAGGCGACGACGAGGCUGACCAAGAAGGCCCAACGAAACACCACAAGACGAAGAAACCCCGGCCGCCCCUGGAGGCCACCGACCGAGAGGAUCCAAAAUUGACCGACAAAAAAUGGCAAGAGACUGAAAUAACGACGAUGCCAGCUGCCACCCAGCUGAACGACUGGCACCGCACCAGAUCGCGCUACAUCAAGCCCGAUUGGUACUCGGGGACUCUCCCAGCCCUCAACACAGUCGACCAGAACGAAAACCUCGACCUCUACUCGUACAACGAUCAGCACCGGAUUCGAACGUACUCCCACGGAAAAUGGGAGGAAUCAUCGGCCCCUCCACUCCGUAACUUCAAGCCCAACCAGAUUGACGAGCGUUACUACCGAAAAAUUGCAGACAUGUACGCGCUGGACGCUGAGACCCGCCUGAAGGACCACUUCAAGCAGAAGAAAUUAAUUGAGCACAACUACUACCCAUCCGUGUACAGCCCCAAUCAACGACACCACAUCGACUCUCUGCAGUACAAACAGCACCAGCACCAGCAAUUCAAGAGUAAAUCCCAGCAGAGUUUCUACCACGAGCAAGUGUCAUCGAGAGAGAAAACCUCCCCCGACGUUGCAAGCAUGAAGAGCCUGGCUCAGUUUCACUGCCCACCCCGUCCCAACCACAACGUCCUCCCCCACCCCCUCAUGGAGAACCAAAGACACCAGGAGCACGAGUUCAUUCAGCCCCGGAGGAACGCCUCUGAGACGAUGGGACGUAAAAACAGGGGGAGAAAAUCGAGCGAGAGCUCCACUUGGUGUGUGGAAGAGGGCGUCUGGUACUCCCCACCAGUCGAUAACUACCAGCACAAGGAUAAUUUCGGUAGUUUAGACCGCAGGAAACACACGACGAUGAUGCGGGAGCCAGGGAUCACGAGGGAGCAUCAUCUCAGCAGUCAGCAUCGUCUGGAGCAUCUUGCGCCUCCUCCACCCCCACCUCUUCCUCCACCGCCGCAUGCCAGGAUGUUGCUGAGGACUCAGUCACUGGGGAGUGUGGAGACCUGGCAGUCUGGGGCUUCUGCAUUACCAGGGACUGCGGGAAGGGGUCCUGGGGAGGGGGAGAGGCAUCAGAUGGAGAGGCACCAGGAGAAGGAGAAGGAGUGGUACGAGACGUCGAUGGACCUUGGGUACCAGCAGGUGCCACCUGUUCAACGACAUUUUCCAGCAUCUCCUUCUCCGUCUUCUGUCUCGUCGUCUCCAAAAUUGCUGCCCCCCACGUCGCCUCUGCCCCCUUCCUCGCCCUCUUUCAAUGACAUUCCUGGGAAGAUAUCGCAGAGCACUGAGAAGGACCUGGAAAUACCGGCCGAAACGGCGAACCAUGCGAUCAAGUAUCAGCCGUAUCGAGAGGUGACGAAACCGUUUGAGAUGAGUGACUUCUACAAGUACUCGACGAAAUUCCGGAAGAAGAAUGAAGUUAACCAGAGGCUGGAGGGAAAGGGGACUAGUAAUGGGAAUACAAUUGUUAAUAAUAACAAUGCGAGCUUUGCUAAUAAUAAUAUUAAUGCGGAGGAGCAUCUUCAGAGUGCACCCUCGGGGUCUUAUGGGCUGAACGUCACGAGGCGGAGGGUUGACACGCAUAUGAUUGCACGCAUAAUGGCAAGGAAAAACGAAGGAAAUCGUGAAUGGACCAACGCAGAAGACUGCAGAGUACCUUCAAAAGACUCAACUGUUGUCUAAGUCUAAACUUGUGGCCUUAAAAAAAUACAAUUGUAAAUAUGACACAUUAGUUAAGGCAUACACGAUAUAUUUUUCA